AGGCCCGAGAGACCGGAGGGAACCGGGGAGAACCGAGAUUGUCCCCCGGGAUUGUCCCCAUAGGAGUGACCCGGGAUUGUCCCCCCUGGGAAUGUCCCCCGGGAUUGUCUCCCCUGAGGAGCCCGCGGGGGUCCCUGGGAGGUCCCGGGAGGUUUGGGAAGGAUGGGAACUCCCGGGAUUGUCCCGUGUCACCCCCAGGCAGGGAUAAGGGACAAGGGACAGGGACAGUGUGGGGCUCAGGGCACCCCAAAAGUGAGCAGAGCACUUCCAAAGCGGCCAGGGGUACCCAAAGUGUCCCAAUGGUGACCAGGGGACACCGAGAGUGACCAGGGGACCCCAGGGGUGACCAGGCUGUCCCAGUGGGUCCCGAGCCUGUGGUGACCCCAUGGUGACCCCAGACCUGUCCCAUCUCUGUCCCCUCCUGUCUCUGUCCCUGUCCCAUCCUCAUCCCUGUCCCAUCCCUGUCCUAUCCUCAUCCCUGUCCCCAUCCCUGUCCAUGCCUUGUCACUGUCCCUGUCCCAUCACUGUCGCUAUCCCUGUCCCAUUCUUGACCCAUCCCCAUCCCUGUCCCCUCCUGUCCCCAUCCCUCUCCCUGACCUCUGUGUCCCUGUCCCCACUGUCCCUGUUCCUCUCCCCCAUCCCUGUCCCAUCCUUGUCCUUGUCCCAUCCCUGUUCCCUCCAUCCCUGUCCCUUCCUGUCCCCAUCUCUGUCCCUGUCUCUCUCCCUAUGCCCUGUGUCCCUGUUGUCCCCUCCUGUCCCCAUCCCUGUCCCAUCCCUGUGCCCUCCUGUCCCUGUCCCCAUCCCUGUCCCCCGUGUCCCCUCUGUCCCUGUCCCUGUCCCCCGUGUCCCUGUUGUCCCCAGCCCCUGGCAGAGUGUGACCUUCGGGACGUGUCCUACCGCGUGUGCGGCCCCGCCAGCCACGAGCUGCAGCUGCCAGCGCCAGGGACAGCACCGGGGACACCAGCAGGGACAGCAGGGACACCAUCAGGGACAUUGGGGACAUCAUCAGGGACAGCAGCACAGGAGGCGGUGGCGCUGCGGUUCCCCGAGGAGCGCGAGGCCCAGCAGUGGUGGACGGUGCUGAGCAGCUCCCUCAGGGAGGCACGCAGAGCUGCCGAGGGUGACACAGGGACAUCUCUGGUGCCACCUGCGGGAACAUCUCUGGCGCCACCCACGGGGACAUCCCUGGUGCCACCACCCACGGGGACGUCCCUGGUGCCACCCGCCGAGGGGCCCGAGCAGGACGCAGAGGAGGCGCAGGUCCUGGAGCUGGCCCAGACAGAGGAGCUGGCCCUGCGGCUGGCCGAGGCCAUCACCUUUGGGGACGAGGCGGUGGCGGCGCAGAGCGCGGUGGCGCUGGCCCGGCGGCACGCGGAGCUGAGCGUGAGCCUGCGCCACAGGGACCCCGGGGGCCACGUCAGCAUGGCGGUGGGGGUGGAGGACGCCACGUCCUCGGCCAGCAUCACCCUGCGGGUGCAGCCCCACGUCACCAUCAGCACCCUCAAGGAGCAGGUGUUCCGCGAGUACGGCUUUCCCCCUUCAGCGCAGCGCUGGAUCAUCGGGCAGAGCCUGUGCCGGGACGGGCGCAGCCUGGCCUCCUACGGCAUCCGCCGCGACGGCGACCCCGCCUUCCUCUUCCUCCUCUCGGCACGGGCGGCCCUGGAACCGGCACCGGGAGCCGGAGCAGCGGCGGGAGCGGCCCCGGCCCCGGCCCCGGCGGGCCCCGAGCGGCAGCGGGAGCUGCAGGCACAGGAGCUGCUGCGCGCCGCGGGGCUGCACGGGGACGGGGAUGGACACGGGGACGGAGCGCCUGGGGCAGGCCGUGUCCCCGAGGAGCCCCCGGAGCGGAUGGACAUCGGGGACAUCAGGGAUCACCUGGACUCGCUGCAGCUCUGGGACAGCGCCGGGACCCCGCCCACGGGCCCUGAGCCCCGCCCACCCUCACCUGAGCAGGGCUGGCCGUGCCCCCAGUGCACAUUCCUGAACAAGCCCACCCGCCCGGGCUGUGAGAUGUGCAGCGCCCCCCGGCCCGAGGGGUACCAAGUGCCCGGGGGGCACCGCCCCGACCCCGCCGAGCUGCGGCGGCUGCAGAGGGAGCGCGACGGGACGCGGCAGUGCCAGCAGGCGCUGGAGGCGGAGCGGCAGCGGAACCUGGCGCAGCUGCUGCAGGCGGAGGAGGCGGGGCUGGUGCUGAACCCGGAGCCGCUCGAGUGCGGGAUCUGCCUGCAGGAGGUGCCGGCGGGCCGGGCCGUGCUGCUGCGCGACUGCCUGCACAGCUUCUGCCGGGAGUGCCUGCGGCAGGUGAUCAACUUCAGCGAGGAGCCGGUGGUGGCCUGUCCCUUCCGAGAUGUCACCUACGCCUGUGGCAGCCACCUGCAGGAGCGCGAGAUCCGCGCCCUGCUGUCCCCCGAGGAGCACGCGCGGUUCCUGGCCCGCGGGCUGGCCCUCGCCGAGCGCCGCAGCCGGAACAGUUUCCACUGCCGGGGCCGCGACUGCCCGGGCUGGUGCUUCUACGAGGACGCGGUGAACGAGUUCCCGUGCCCGGUGUGCGGGGCCCUCAACUGCCUCCUGUGCAAGGCCAUCCACGAGGGGCAGAACUGCCGGCAGUACCAGGACGAGCUGCAGCUGCGGGCGCUGCACGACGCGGCCGCUCGCCAGACGCGGGACAUGCUGCAGACGCUGGUGCAGCGCGGCGAGGCCAUGCACUGCCCCACGUGCCGCAUCGUGGUGCAGAAGAAGGACGGCUGCGACUGGAUCCGCUGCACCGUGUGCCAGACCGAGAUCUGCUGGGUCACCAAGGGGCCCCGAUGGGGGCCGGGGGGCCCCGGUGACACCAGUGGCGGCUGUCGCUGCAACGUCAACGGGCAGAGGUGCCACCCCCGGUGCCAGAACUGCCACUGACCCCCCUGGGGACACCGAGGGACAGACGGACAGACGGGGACAGAGCUGGCACCGGGCCAGAGACACCCGAGGGCUCCGGGAGGGGCCACGUCCGGCGGGGAUGGAGAGAGAGGACACAGGGACAGAUGGACACACGGACAGGAUGGACACACGGACAGAGCCGCAAUGGACACACGGACAGAGCCAGGAUGGACACGCGGACAGAGCCAGGAUGGACAUAUGGACAGAGCCAGGAUGGACACUGGGACGGCCUCGGGGCGUGGAGGGGCCGGGGGGCCCCGGGACCCCAAUAAAGCCACUGAGUGUCA